UGGCUCCUUGGUUUGGUGUGUAUGAGAAUAUGGAGGCUGGUUGGCAAGGACACGAAGGGAGAUACUCAUCACUUUCAUCCCAUUGGUUUAUGAGACCCAAAGGCGACCCGCCGGCUGGACACCGGGAGCUCGCUCAUUGCUGAACCUACGGAACAGCACUACCCGCUUUUCAGUCCUUUCGCUGGGUGAUGCUCUCAGAACCACGCAGAGCGGCCUCUGCCGCUUCCUGGAUCGCUGACCCGGCGGCGCGAGGCGGCAGCUGAACGCCUACCCUGCGUGCAGUUCCGCCGGUGCCCGCCAGCCCGCGCUGGGGAGACCCGGUCCCGGGGGCGGCCCUCGCGCCCCGCCGCGGCGGCUGCCACGUCAGCGCGUCGCGUGUCCCUGCGCUGCGCGGGCCGGGCGGAUGGGGAAGGCGGUGGCGGCCUUCAGGGCCGAGCUGGGCGUGCGGAUCGCGCUGUUCGCGGCCUUCCUGGUAACAGAGCUUCUCCCUCCCUUCCAGAGGCUUAUCCAACCGGAGGAGAUGUGGCUUUACCGGAAUCCGUAUGUGGAAGCAGAGUAUCUCCCUACCAAGCCGAUGUUUGUCAUUGCAUUUCUCUCUCCACUGUCUCUGAUCCUCCUGGCCAAAUGUCUCAAGAAGGCAGACACGACAGACAGCAGACAAGCCUGCCUGGCUGCCAGCCUUGCCCUGGCUCUGAAUGGUGUCUUUACUAACACAAUAAAACUGAUAGUGGGGAGGCCACGCCCAGACUUCUUCUACCGCUGCUUCCCCGAUGGGCAAGCCCAUCCUGAGCUGAUGUGCACAGGAGACAAGGACGUGGUGAAUGAGGGCCUUGCAUUUGCUGGUCUGGCCUUUGCUUCCUUCUACCUGGCAGGGAAGUUACAUUGCUUCACACCACAAGGCCGUGGCAAAUCUUGGAGGUUCUGUGCCUUUCUGUCACCUCUACUUUUUGCAGCUGUGAUUGCACUCUCUCGCACCUGUGACUACAAGCAUCACUGGCAAGGUAAACAAGGCAGUAUUAUCCUCCUCUCACUGACCCAGAAUGCCAUAAACCAUUCCAUGGCAGACCUGCACUUCCCACCGCACAGAAGCAGCCUGGUGAUCCUCAUCGUUUUGAUAUUUAGAAAUUGGAGCUACCUCAACAGGGAAAUAAGUGAAUCAGCCCUUCUAACUGGACUAUGCCUGAGACAAGAAUUUCUGACCUGUUGACCUCUUAAGAGUUAAGUGAGGACAUAAGCACAUUCCACCUCCAUAUGAUCAUGCCAUUCUGCCCCUACUCACAGGAAUUUAUCAUGAGGAGUCAAGGUUCUUUUUCACUACUGUAAGCCUCACAUUCUGGUAAAAAGAUCUUUCAGUAGUCCUCCAACAGCGUAUGAAUCUGUCCAUCAAAUUGGUAUUCCAAGACAUACAGUGUUUUUACAUUUAAUUAAAAUGCCAUUCUUGGAAGGAUCUUAUCACAAAGAAGCCUUUACAUAGCCCCACUUUAUCCUAGAAAUUAGAGUUAUCAAAACUUAAUUUCCAUUUUCCGUAGCUCAAAAUCUUAAAAUCUAGGGCAUGACCAAUUAAUUAUUUUGACUCUGUUUACUUUCUUGGGUAAUAAUUCCAUAGAGCCUUAAAUAGGAAAAUUUCCAAUUCUGGCUAAUUUACCACUGUCAUGCAUAUCUUAUCUAAGUCCAGCCAGAUACUGCUGUCCAUUUUGAACACUGUGAACAUAAAUGAUCUGUUGAAUUACUAAGUAAACACAAUAAAAAACAAAAUGGGCAGGAGUGGGGCUUCAGUUCUAACAA